CCCGGAGCCAGGGCAGCGAGAGGGCAUUGCAGGGAACCAGAGAGUAGCCCCUACCCCAAGCGAGGAGCUCAAGUGGAGCGACAGACCCUAAGGCCACACCUGCCACAGACCCCACGCAUCACACCAGCCAAACAGGGCAUCAGAAGGAUGUCCAACGCCCAGACGCAGGUGGCCCCCAUGCCAACCAUCCCGAUGUCCACGGCAGAGGACCCGCCCCUCCCUCCACCACCAGCCCUGGAGGACCUGCCGCUGCCACCACCCAAGGAGUCCUUCUCCAAGUUCCACCAGCAGCGGCAGGCGAACGAGCUCCGCCGCCUCUACAGGCACAUCCACCCUGAGCUCCGCAAGAACCUGGCCGAGGCUGUGGCUGAAGACCUGGCCGAGGUCCUGGGUUCAGAGGAGCCCACUGAGGGUGACGUCCAGUGCAUGCGCUGGAUCUUUGAGAACUGGCGGCUGGAUGCCAUUGGGGACCAUGAGAAGCCAGCUGCCAAGGAGCCUGUGCCCAGCGGUGAUGUCCAGGCCACUUCCCGCAAGUUUGAGGAAGGCUCCUUUGCCAACAGCGCAGACCAGGAGUCAGCCAGACCUCAGCCACCCAGAGGGGACGUUCGAGCAGCCAGACAACUGUUCGAGACAAAGCCGCUGGAUGAGCUGACGGGCCAGCCCGAGGUCCCGGAGGCUACGGCGAGGGAGCCCGCAGCCAGUGGAGAUGUCCAGGGCACCAGGCUGCUCUUUGAAACUCGGCCGCUGGACCGCCUGGGCUCCCGCCCCUCCCUCCAGGAGCAGAGUCCCUUGGAGCUGCGCUCGGAGAUCCAGGAGCUGAAGGGUGAUGUGAAGAAGACAGUGAAGCUGUUCCAAACGGAGCCGCUGUGCGCCAUCCAGGAUGCUGAAGGCGCCAUCCACGAGGUCAAGGCCGCAUGCCGGGAGGAGAUCCAAAGCAAUGCAGUGAGGACAGCUCGUUGGCUCUUUGAGACCCAACCUCUGGAUGCCAUCAACCGGGACCCCAGCCAGGUGCGGGUGAUCCGGGGCAUCUCCCUGGAGGAGGGUACCCGGCCCGAUGUCAGUGCAACUCGCUGGAUCUUUGAGACACAGCCCCUGGAUGCCAUCCGGGAGAUCCUGGUGGAUGAGAAGGACUUCCAGCCAUCCCCAGACCUUAUCCCUCCUGGUCCAGAUGUUCAGCAGCAGCGACAUCUGUUUGAGACCCGAGCGCUAGACACUCUCAAGGGGGAAGAGGAGGCUGGGGCAGAGGCCCUGCCCAAAGAGGAAGUGGUCCCUGGUGACGUCCGAUCCACCCUGUGGCUAUUUGAGAUGAAACCCCUGGACACUCCCAGAGACAAGAUCCAAGUGGGUCACCUGCAGCGGGUGGGUCCCCGGGAGGCUGAUGGCUCCCCAGCACUGCCCCUGUCUCCACGUGUCCCCCAGGAGGAUGAGGUGAAGGGGGAUGUGAAGACCUUCAAGAACCUUUUUGAGACCCUUCCCCUGGACAGCAUUGGGCAGGGUGAGUCCUCCACCCCCAGGAGUGUGAGCAAAGUAGAAGGAAUGGGUUCUGUUGGGCAGUCUCAGGACAUAGGGUCCCCAGUGUAUGCCAUGCAGGAUGGCAGAGGCCACCUCCACGCCCUGACCUCUGUCAGCAGAGAGCAAGUAGUCGGAGGUGAUGUGCAAGGCUACAGGUGGAUGUUUGAGACACAGCCCCUAGACCAAUUGGGCCAAAAUCCCAGGACUGUCGACGUGGUGCGGGGCAUCACCCGGCAGGAAGUGGUGGCUGGGGACGUGGGCACUGCCCGGUGGCUCUUUGAGACCCAGCCCCUAGAAGUAAUCCACCAGCGGGAGCAGCAAGAACGACAGGAAGAAGAAGGAAGGGGUCAAGCAGGCCCUCAGCCUGAGGCACCCGCCAAGGGGGAUGUGAGGACUAUACGUUGGUUGUUCGAGACCUGCCCAAUGAGUGAGUUGGCAGAGAAGCAGGGGUCAGAGGCCGCAGACCUCACAGCAAAGGCUGAGGCACAGUCCUGCACCUGGAUGUUUGUGCCCCAGGCCCUGGAUGGGCCAGCAGGCUCCAGGGAGCAACACCUGCAGGUUAGCCAGGUCCAAGCUGGCGAAAAACAGACAGACAGACACGUCUUUGAGACUGAGCCUCUGCAGGCGUCAGACCGUCCCUGUGGAAGAAGGCCUGUGCGAUACUGCAGCCGUGUGGAGAUUCCUUCAGGGCAGGUGUCUCGUCAGAAGGAGGUUUUCCAGGCCUUGGAGGCAGGCAAGAGGGAAGACCAGGGGUCAAGGUCAAUCCCUGAGCCCAUCCCUGCGGGCUCUGUGAACAAGUUCACCUGGCUCUUCGAGAAUUGUCCCAUGGGCUCUCUGGCAGCUGAGAGCAUCCGAGGGGGUGACCUCCAGGAAGAGCAGCCCAUGGGCGAGUCAGACAGGGUGCUGGAGAGGCAGGAGACUGCAGCCGAGGCGACCUUGCGCUCUCUGCACACCACACCUGGCAUCCUGCACCACAAAGGCAUCCUCAUGGAGGCCCGAGGGCCCGGGGAGCUCUGCCUAGCCAAGUAUGUGCUCCCAGGCCCAGGGCAGGGGGGCCCCCACAUACGGAAGGAGGAGCUGGUGUCUGGCGAGCUGCCCAGGAUUGUCCGCCAAGUGCUGCAACGGCCAGAUGUGGACCCGCAGGGGCUGCUGGUUCAGGAGGACCCAGCAGGCCAGCUCCGGCUCAAGCCCCUGAGGCUUUCAGCUCCAGGUGGCAGUAAGAACGUCGAAGAUCUGGACCUAGAGUUCCAGCAGGUGCUAGCUUGUGGCUUGGGUACCUCAGCAGCAAGGACCGGGCUGGUGAUGCAAGAGACGGAGCAGGGCCUGGUCUCAUUGACCGCCUACUCCCUGCAACCCUGGCUGACCAGCAGGGCCCCCGAGAGGAGCAGUGUGCAGCUGCUGGCCAGCUGCAUAGACAAAGGAGACCUGAGCGGCCUGCAGAGCCUGCGCUGGGAGCCACCGGCUGACCCAAGCCCCGUGCCAGCCAGCGAGGGGACCCAGAGGCUGCCCCCAACUGAGAGCAUCAUUCACGUUCCCCCGCUGGACCCCAGUGUGGGGAUGGGGCAUCUGAGAAGCCCGGGAGCCACCCCCUACCCCCCACAGGCCACUGGAAAGGCAGUUCCUCUGGCUGGCCGAGAAAAGCAAGAAGACAGUCACACUGGGCAGAAAGGGAUGGAAGCUUUGGGAAAGUCACAAGGAGCCACAAGUGUGCCCCUAGGGCCCGAAGUGCCAGACCUCCAGGCUGCCAUGCAGAGUCUGCAGAUGGCCACGGCGGAGGCCCGGAGCCUGCAGCAGCAAGUUCCGAACAAGGACCAGCAGGGUCUCACCCACGGAGCCACCUCCGUGCCCCUCCAGGACGGUCUUCGGCAAGCCACGGCCACGGCCACUGGGACUGCGCAAAGCAACACCAGGCCUAUGGCUGGAGGGGACCCCAGGAUCCCAGCAGCCCCCAGAAAGGUCAGUGGGGAACAGAAAGUACUGUCCGGAGGGCUGCCUGGGGGGCGGGUGACCGUUCAGGAUGGCAUCUGCACUGCUCACCCACUGAGGACCUUUGACCUACCUGGAGGUGUCCAGCCCUCUGAGAGGGAACACCCACCAUGGGGCGGGGAGACGGCCCUCCCAGCCCAGGCUUCCAGUCCACUCCCAGAAUGCCCAGGUCAGAGGCUUGGCCCAGGGCAGGAGGAGCCUGGGGGCUGCCCACAGAGGGCCCCAGGGCCUCCAGAGAAAGCCAUGCCAGGAGUGGGCCCAGCCGGCCUCCACACUGCGGAGACCACCCUGAAGGCUGCCUCUCUAGCCCAUCACACCCUGGCCUCUGGGCCUCAGGAUGCAGGUGACAGCCUGCACUCCCAUAAUGCCUCUGUUCCUCCUCCUCCUCCUCCUCUCCCAGCUGCUGUGACGGGACCUGACUACCCAGCCCAAGCCCACCAUGAUGAGGACUCUACCCGACAGGCCUCCAAGCCACUGCAAGACCCCCUUCUCCACUCCCACAGCAGUCCUGCUGGCCACAGAACCUCUGGGGAGUCACAGACAAAGACCCUAAAACUGGACCCUACCAUACCCCCAAGGAAGAAGCCCCAGCUGCCCCCCAAACCUGCACACCUAAGCCAGAUCCCCCCUCCUCGGAGGCUGCCCAAGCCCUCAGCUCUAUCUCUCAGCUCCUCCCAAGGAGAAUACAAACAAGGCAAGACAGAUGCAGCCAUGCCUCAGCCAGCCAAGGCCUCCACCACUGCAGGCCAGGGACACAUACCUCUGGCUGCGUGUUCCAGUGGUCAGAGCCAGCCCAGCCCCCAGCAGGGCCCCAACACUAUGGCCCCUGGGCUGACCAAGAGUGAGGCUGUGGGUAGCAAUGCCCAGAGCCCUGACCCCACCAAACUCUCCACUCUCAGCAGUGACCCUGCCUCACCACAGCAGGGCCCCAGCACCCCAGAAGUGAAGCCAACAGAAGGUCCCCACCAAGCUGCCCCUGAGAGCCCUAAGAUUCUGCAAGGCAGCCAGCAAGAGCUCCAGGGCCUCCUGAGCCAGGUGCAAACCCUGGAGAAGGAGGCCACAAGCAGCGUGGACGUGCAGGCACUGCGGAGACUCUUUGAGGCUGUGCCCCAGCUGGAAGGGGCCCUUCGGGCUCCUGUUGCCCCCCACAAGCCGGAGGCCUCAGUGGAGCAGGCCUUCGGGGAGCUGACGAGGGUCAGCACAGAGGUUGCUCGCCUGAGGGAACAGACCCUGGCCAGGCUGCUGGACAUUGAAGAAGCUGUGCACAAGGCCCUCAGCUCCAUGUCUAGCCUCCAGCCUGAGGCUAACACUAGGGGCCAUUCCAAAGGACCCCCAAAUGACCACAGUGCCUACAAAGUCAGUGUUGUGGACAGCAGCAGAGCCAGACCCAACUGCUCAGGCCAGGAGGUCAGGGGUCAAACCGCAGUCAAGAGCCAAACUGAAGUUCCAUGUCAUACUGAAGUCCAGCGUCAGGCCAAGGUCAGAAAUCACACAGAGGCCAGAGGUCAAGCAGUCUCAACUGCCCCUUCCACCAGCAGGCUGGAGACACUGAGAGAUGAUUCAGGCCUCCCUCUAGUCUUGCCUUCUGGAAGAGAUAUACCCUCUUCUCCAACCUUCAUCUCCAUUAAGUCAGCCACAAGAAAGCUUCUGGAAGCUCCCAGCCCCAGGGGUAGCCCAGAUGUCUCACUGAAAAGCACAAACCUCGCCCAGGAUGUGAGCCAGACCCUGCUCUACCAGAAAGGUGUUUGGGACAAGGCCGGGACACAGGAGGCGGCCCCGUGCUCUGGAAAGCCCAAGCCAGCCCCUGCCUCAGCCAGCCCUGUGCCCAGCGGGCGGCAGAAGAGUGUCCUGGAGCUACAAACUGGGCCUGGUGGCUCCCAGCACUACGGAGCUGUGAGGACUGUGACGGAGCAGUAUGAGGAGGUGGACCAGUAUGGAAACUCAGUCCUCACAUCCUCAACCACGGUCACUGAGCAGGCAGGGCUGCCAGGGGGCCCAGGUCCCCACUUGGAGCUCCAAGCCUCACCCUUGUUAAGACAGUUCCUACAAAGCCCCACCGAACUCAGUGGGGGCCUGGGAGACACAGGGAGGGUGCCAGUGCCCUGCGGCCAUUCCCAGCCUGCAGCCCAGUGAGCCCCUCCACCUCCCGCCUGUCCCUGGGGCACCUUCCUCCAGGGAACUGAGGUGGGUGCCUACCUCCUGCACACACGAGGCCAGGACCAAGGAGAAAGGGCAUCUUUGGGGGCUUAUAGGGGGUUUCUCUUUCAUGAGCUCCAUCAAUAGGCCCAGUUCUUGCAAAGGGAGAAAGAAAAGACUGGGAAAGGCCCACCAAGAGGCCUGGGGAACAGGAGUCGGAUGGGGGCUCUCAGCUGUUUGUGCAGGGUGUGAUCAGUCCACAUGGGACUGGCCUGCAUGCUGACAUGCAUGAGUCUGAAUGCCACUGCUCAGGACGGGGCCCCUUCAGUGACCUGCCACCCGCAGUCUUCACUGCUUUUAUGAUGAAUCGAAAUGUUCUCAGCCAUCUGCUCCUUAAUUCCUGGAAAGAACAGGGCCAACUAGACACUGGAGUGGCCUCUCUGUUUAGGCUCAGGCUGAGGGCUGA